GAAAGCACACGGAUAGUGUCUCGUAGCCGUUGGAUCUCUACCGACACGCUAUAUAUAUACGCCUUCACUUCUUCGCCUUUCGAAGUUUCAUAUUCUUUUCUCCAAAUUUCAGCUAACGAGUUUCUGAAGAGAAGAAGAAAGCGAAAAUUUCCAGAUGGCACGUACCAAGCAAACUGCUCGUAAGUCAACAGGUGGAAAGGCACCAAGGAAGCAACUUGCAACCAAGGCUGCACGUAAGUCUGCACCAACUACUGGUGGAGUUAAGAAGCCACAUCGUUACCGCCCAGGAACUGUUGCUCUUCGUGAGAUUAGGAAGUACCAGAAGAGUACUGAGCUCUUGAUCAGGAAGCUCCCCUUCCAGAGGUUGGUUCGUGAAAUUGCUCAGGACUUCAAGACUGACCUUCGUUUCCAGAGUCAUGCUGUGCUUGCAUUGCAAGAGGCUGCUGAGGCAUAUCUUGUUGGUCUCUUUGAGGACACUAACUUGUGCGCUAUCCAUGCCAAGCGAGUUACUAUUAUGCCCAAGGACAUCCAGUUGGCAAGGAGGAUCCGUGGCGAGCGUGCCUAAGGAGGAUGCUGCUUUUGGUGCUGUUUAGAUGGGUGGCUGCUGAUAGUGUUUUGUUAUUGGAAAUGAUUUAGUUUAUAGGGAAUUACCGUUCAUUCGUAGUUUGAUUAAUUGUGGUGAUAGAAAUAUACUGCUAUCUGAAUUUUAGUUUUCGGGAUGUAAUUUGCUUGCAAUGACUUUGGAUCUUUUAUAUGUUCUUGUUUUUACUGGGUAUGCAGCCACUCUGUAUUCUAUUUUGUGGACAACCUUUUGUUGCCAUCUAAUCUAGUAUUUCUAGCUUCUGUGCA